AUGGCGGACACAGAAACAGCGUUUGUCAUUCACAACGACAAUGCGCUCCAAACACUCGUGCCCUCUCUCGAGCGUCUUCUACCGAGCUCUACUCCUCUUUUAAGGCGCAUUCAAUAUGAUAUUGCGCAUCCGCGAGACACGGCAUAUUACCUAGCCAGCAGCAAUCUUGCACCACAGUCGCCGGGUGAUGAUAAUGGGCCGUGGAUUGCGGCGUAUGUAGACUUGUUUGCGGCUCGAGAGACCCAGGUCUGGGUCUAUUCGAGUCUCGAGGCCGAGGUUGACAAUGCCCACGACGAUGACAAACCACAUAUAUCCACGUUCUCAUCCAUCAGUACCGAAAGACAGGCCGUUGCACGGAGACAAGUAUGGGAUCUGUUGCAAUAUAUCAAUCGUGAAUUGAUGCCGGCCUUUGAGGCAUAUUACCACAAAACCUUGGCAGCUACAACAACAACUUCUACGCACAAGGUCCUACCACCGCACAAGCCUCCGGCCAUGCUCCUGGGCACUUUGCACUCGGGGCUCAUUCAGCUUCUUUCCAGUAAUGAUUCAUACACAAACGCCACGUUUCGACCAGGCCUCAAGGUUCAUCGGUACGACGUGACGCCGUAUGUGAAAUACAUCUUUGAGCCGAGUAUCUUCCAGACCGCUGGCGAUGAAGAACAUACGCUUCCUCGGGGUUAUCGCUAUGGAGAGCAGGGGCUGUUACCGCAGCAUGUCGAGUUAGUUCGGUCUCGAACGCAUAUUCCGCGUGAACCGCAGACGCUACUGAGUAUGCCCAGUGUUGUGAUAUACCAUGAUGCCUCUAAAGAAAUUGGAGAUGAGAAUGGACCGAGUCCAGUAGCAUGGGGCUUCAUGUGGCUUGACGGCUCUCUCGCGACGUUGCACGUCGAGCCUGAGCAUCGCGGAAAGGGGCUGGCCGUGCUACUAUCGCGAGAGAUUAUGCGGCGAGGCAUGGCCAGCGGCACGUAUGGCCCCGCUGGGCCGUUGGCGUAUACGCAUGCAGAUGUUGCGCUGGAGAAUACGGCGAGCCGGAGGGUGAUGGAGAAGGUUGGCGGGCAGAAGCGGUGGAGUGUAACGUGGACAGUUGUUGAGGUUGUGCAUUAG